AUGGCUGACAAAGGCAAAAAGGGCAGACCCGGGCCCGCACCAGCCCCAGCCCCAGCUCCGGCCGCCGCAGCCGCAGCCGCGCCGGGGGCGGCCCCUCCUCCGGGCGACAAGCCUGAGGAAAAGACAGAGGAGAAGAAAAAGUCCGUGCAGCCCAUGGAUGAAGUGGGAGCGAGGAAGGGGUGUCGCCGUUACAUGUGGGAAUUCAAGGACAGCAAUAGAGAGUUCUGGGUUAUGGGGUACGCUGAGGUCAAGCUCAUUAGCUUGGGCUGCCUAAUAGGUUCGCUGAUCAUGUUCACGGGGACCACUGUGCACCCCCUCCUGACACUCAUCAUCACCAUGGAGUUGUCCAUCUUCAUCUUCUUCAUCAUUAUCUACACCUUCGCCAUCCAGAGAUACACGCCCUUCAUCCUGUGGCCCAUUUCUGACCUUCUCAACGACCUGUUCUCCGGUACCUUCCUCGUGGGGGCCGCCGUCUUUGCCGUGAAAAGUCGGCAAACCAUGCCAAUCCACUAUAUUUAUGGUGUGAUCCUUAUCGGUGUGGCUGCACUUUUUGCUUUAAUAGAUGUUUGUCUUCAAAAGAAACACUUCAAAGGCAAGAAGGUCAAAAGGCAUGUGCUGAUUCCUCCAGGAAAGGAUAAAGAGGGCGAAAAGCCAACGGAAGGAGAAAAACCAGGGGAAGCAGGCAAGGGGAGGGCAGCGGUACAGCCGCCACCACCGCCGCCACCGCCGCCUGCCAAGGGCGGCAAGAAGUGA